AGGCUUGAGGGUGGAGCUGUAGAGCCUGUGUCUGGUGUCUGAAUGUCUCAGGUGCCUAUCCUGGGCUAUACAUCUGAACGAGAGUGCCAACAUCCUUCUCCAGACAUGCUCCCUGAAGCCAGCUCCCCGUGGCUACUGCGGCUGCUCCGGGACAUCCAGCUGGCCCAGUUUUACCGACCCAUCCUUGAAGAGCUUAAUGUCACUCGGCCAGAGCAUUUCGACUUUGUAAAGCCUGAGGACCUGGAUGGCAUUGGCAUGGGUCGGCCUGCCCAGCGCAGACUGGCUGAAGCUCUGAAGAGGCACCGUUCGGGGCUCAAGUCUAAGAACUGGGUCUACAAGAUCCUUGGGGGUUUUGCUCCUGAACAGAAGGAACUUACCCCGCCCUCGGACAGCCCACUGUGCCUCCCUGAGCCAGAGGGGGGGCUCAAGUGUCUGAUCCCAGAAGAUGCGGUGUGCAGAGGGGAGCUGCUGGGCUCCGGCUGCUUUGGUGUGGUGCACCGAGGGCUGUGGACACUGCCCAGUGGCCAGAGUGUCCCAGUGGCUGUCAAAUCCCUCCAGGUAGGCCCCAAAGGCCCAGUGGGCACAGAGCUGGGGGACUUCCUGAGAGAGGUGUCAGUGAUGAUGAACUUGGAGCACCCACACGUGCUGCGUCUGCACGGCCUGGUACUGGGCCAGCCUCUGCAGAUGGUAAUGGAGCUGGCGCCACUGGGCUCCCUGCACACGCGCCUGACGGCCCGGGCUCCUACGCCCCCGCUGCCGGUGGCCCUGCUCUGUCUCUUCCUGCGGCAGUUGGCGGGGGCCAUGACGUACUUGGGGGCCCGCGGGCUAGUGCACCGAGACCUUGCUACCCGCAACCUGCUGCUGGCUUCGCCGCGCAUCAUCAAAGUGGCCGACUUUGGUCUGGUGCGGCCGCUGCGCGGCGCCCGGGGCCGCUACGUCAUGGGCGGACCCCGCCCCAUCCCCUAUGCCUGGUGUGCCCCCGAGAGCCUGCGCCAGGGAGCCUUCUCAUCUGCCUCGGAUGUGUGGAUGUUUGGGGUGACGCUGUGGGAGAUGUUCUCUGGGGGCGAGGAGCCCUGGGCCGGAGUCCCUCCAUACCUCAUCCUGCAGCGGUUGGAGAAGGACCGAGCCCGGCUCCCUAGGCCUUCCCUCUGCUCCAGGGCCCUCUAUGCCCUCGCCUUGAACUGCUGGGCCCCCCAUCCUGCUGACCGGCCUAGCUUUUCCCACUUGGAGGUGCUGCUCCAAGAGGCUUGGCCUUCUGAGGGAUGCUGUGUAAGGGAUGUCACAGAGCCAGGUGCCCUGAGGAUGGAACCCGGUGACCCCAUCACCAUCAUCGAGGGCAGCUCCUCUUCCCACAGCCCUGACUCCACAAUCUGGAAGGGCCAGAAUGGCCGCACCUUCAAAGUGGGCAACUUCCCAGCUUCGGCAGUGAAGCUGGCAGACUUGGGGGGCUCACCGGCCUCCCGUCCAGUCUACAGAGGCUCUCCUGCCUUGGGAGAGCAGCAACAAGGAAGCAUAGAUGGGGACAGAAGGAAAGCAAAGCUUCGGGAACUACCUGUAGCACGAGACCAGAGAAGGAAUGUGCCCCUACAGAAGAUGAAAGGCAUUUCAAAGAGUCUGGAGUCAGUCCUGUCCCUGGGCCCUCGCCCCACAGGGGGUGGUUCGAGCCCCCCUGAACUUCGACCAGCCAGAGCUGUGACCCAGGGACCCCCAGGCCUGCCUCCACGCCCAACUUUUGCCUCUAGCUCUUCUCAGCCCAGCCCGCCCCCUAGGGAGCGACCUCCCUGGCCCAAAAGAGAACCCCCACACAAUCACCCCAUGGGAGCGCCUGGAGCCAAUAAAGCCACUGUUCCUUCUGGAGGCCUCUUGCCCAACCCUGAGUUGCAGAGGAAGAUUAUAGAGGUGGAGCUGAUGGUCCAUGGAGUCACCCACCAGGAAUGCCAGGUGGCACUAAGAGCCACUGGAGGAGAUGUGGUUUCUGCCAUCCGGAGCCUCAAGGUGGACCAGCUCUUCCACCUAAGUAGCCGGUCCAGAGCUGACUGCCGACGCAUCCUGGAGCAUUACCAGUGGGACCUCUCAGCUGCCAGCCGCUACGUCCUGGCCCGGCCCUGAGCUCAGCUUCCUUGAGCAGGGGCACCAGCAUGGAAAGCCUGGGCUCCUCAGGGCCUAGCCAUGUGGGACUGAGAAGAACCAGGACAGGGUCCUGACUGGGGGGAG